CAUCUCUCUUUCACUCACUCUCUCUCUUUACUUCUCUCUCUCUUUUUAUUUUCUUCUCUGAAUCCUCCACAAAACCCAUCUUUUAUCUCCCACUUUUGCCUUGUCAUUUAAUCUCUCUUCACGUUCUUUGGCUUCAACCCAUCUUUUCUAACCUCGUCCUCCCCCUUUCUAUUGUGGUUUUUUUGCUUCAAAGUUACUGCUUCAUAUGUUUUUUCACUAAGUUGAAAGGGUCAUUUAAUCCGUGAAGGGGGAGCAAAACAAGUAUAAGAAUAGAGGAGAAACCACUGCUUUCUGCGUGUGCCAUUUCGUGAAAACUCUCCCAUCUUUUUUAACUCUUCUGGACAAAGCUUUUGUUCUUGUGUUGUGUCUUUUUCAGUGCGCAAGUUAAGAAAAACUAAACCAGUAUGCCUAUUAGGCAAAUGAAAGAGAACUCAGAGCAACACCUUGUGAUCAAGAAUCACUUGCAAAACACUAUGAACCCAGUUCAAAGAGCACCUAAAACUGCACAAAACGGCAAAGGUCCUCCAGCAGCUCAUGAACCACAGAACACGAAACUGCCUCAUAACCAAACCUCACCUCCCACAAAGAAUAAAGGAAGAAGAAGAGGAAGAGGUGGUAGAAAAUCUGACCAAGGAGAUGUUUGUAUGAGACCAAGUUCAAGGCCCUGCACUGUAGCACAUAAGCCAGUGAAUCCAGCUGCUGGUGAUCUUGUGGCUGCAUCUUCAAAUGGGCCUAUUCAGAAUGGUCAUAAUUUGCGCGGAAUGGAAAUGGGGUUUCCUACUUCUAGCAAGUCUUCGAAUUUUGCCCCUAGACCUGGUUAUGGUCAAGUUGGGACAAAGUGUAUUGUAAAGGCUAACCAUUUCUUUGCAGAGCUACCGGACAAGGACUUAAACCAGUAUGAUGUUACAAUAUCUCCUGAAGUGGCAUCCAGAAUGGUGAACAGAGCUAUUAUGGCAGAGCUUGUAAGACUGUACAAAGAAUCAGACCUAGGAAUGAGAUUGCCUGCUUAUGAUGGCAGAAAGAGUCUGUACACAGCUGGUGAACUUCCUUUUGCAUGGAAGGAAUUCAUCAUCAAGCUUGUAGAUGAAGAGGAUGGCAUCAAUGGCCCCAAAAGAGAAAGAGAAUACAAAGUGGUAAUAAAGUUUGUUGCACGAGCAAACAUGCAUCAUUUAGGCCAAUUUCUAGCUGGUAAGCGUGCUGAUGCUCCACAAGAAGCUCUGCAGAUUCUUGACAUUGUAUUACGAGAGCUAUCAAUGAAGAGGUACUGUCCUAUUGGGAGAUCCUUCUUUUCACCAGAUAUUAGAGCACCACAAAGGCUUGGUGAUGGUUUGGAGUCAUGGUGUGGUUUUUACCAGAGUAUUAGGCCUACUCAAAUGGGCUUGUCUCUGAAUAUUGAUAUGGCGUCAGCUGCAUUCAUCGAGCCUCUCCCUGUAAUAGAUUUUGUUGCUCAGCUUCUAGGCAAGGAUGUAUUGUCAAGGCCAUCGUCCGAUUCUGAUCGUGUGAAGAUUAAAAAGGCACUCAGAGGAGUGAAAGUAGAGGUAACUCAUAGAGGGAAUGUACGAAGAAAAUAUCGCGUUUCAGGAUUGACUUCUCAGCCUACUAGAGAACUAAUGUUUCCUGUUGAUGACAACUCAACCAUGAAGUCUGUUGUUGAAUACUUCCAAGAGAUGUAUGGCUUCACAAUUCAGCACACACAUCUACCUUGCCUUAAAGUAGGAAACCAGAGGAAGGCAAACUAUUUACCUAUGGAGGCUUGCAAAAUUGUUGAGGGGCAGCGAUACACAAAAAGACUGAAUGAGAGGCAAAUUACUGCUCUCUUGAAAGUCACAUGCCAAAGACCAAGAGAUCGGGAAAAUGACAUUUUGCAGACAGUUCAACAUAAUUCUUAUGAUCAAGACCCUUAUGCAAAGGAGUUUGGAAUCAAAAUCAGUGAAAAACUUGCCUCAGUUGAGGCGCGAAUCCUUCCUGCCCCUUGGCUGAAAUAUCAUGAAACUGGAAAAGAAAAGGAUUGUCUGCCUCAAGUCGGGCAGUGGAAUAUGAUGAACAAGAAAAUGAUCAAUGGGAUGACUGUAAACCGAUGGGCAUGUAUUAACUUCUCACGAAGUGUGCAAGAGAGUGUUGCUCGAGGGUUUUGCAAUGAACUUGCUCAAAUGUGCCAAGUCUCUGGCAUGGAAUUCAAUUCAGAGCCUGUUAUUCCAAUCUACAGUGCCAGGCCUGAGCAAGUGGAAAAAGCUUUGAAGCAUGUUUAUCAUGCAUCCAUGAAUAAAACCAAAGGAAAAGAACUGGAGCUUCUAUUAGCUAUAUUGCCUGACAACAAUGGAUCGCUUUAUGGUGAUCUCAAGCGAAUAUGUGAAACUGAUCUAGGCUUGAUAUCACAAUGCUGUCUCACAAAACAUGUCUUCAAGAUCAGUAAACAGUACUUGGCUAAUGUGGCACUUAAGAUCAAUGUUAAGAUGGGUGGCAGAAACACUGUUCUUUUGGAUGCUAUCAGCUGUAGAAUACCAUUAGUUAGUGACAUACCAACCAUAAUAUUUGGAGCAGAUGUCACUCACCCAGAAAAUGGAGAAGACUCCAGCCCCUCAAUAGCAGCUGUAGUAGCAUCACAAGACUGGCCUGAAGUGACAAAAUAUGCCGGACUAGUUUGUGCUCAAGCUCAUAGACAGGAACUCAUACAAGACUUGUACAAAACAUGGCAGGAUCCUGUACGUGGCACUGUUAGUGGUGGCAUGAUCAGGGAUCUUCUUGUAUCUUUUAGGAAGGCAACAGGGCAGAAGCCGCUGAGAAUCAUAUUUUACAGGGAUGGUGUAAGUGAAGGGCAAUUUUAUCAAGUUCUGCUGUAUGAGCUAGACGCAAUCAGGAAGGCCUGUGCUUCUCUAGAACCAAACUAUCAACCACCGGUGACUUUCAUUGUCGUACAAAAGCGACACCACACCCGAUUGUUUGCUAAUAAUCACAGGGACCGAAGCAGCACAGACAAGAGUGGUAACAUUUUGCCUGGCACUGUUGUUGAUUCUAAAAUCUGUCAUCCAACAGAAUUUGAUUUUUAUCUUUGCAGCCAUGCUGGUAUUCAGGGGACAAGUCGGCCUGCACACUACCAUGUUCUUUGGGAUGAGAACAAUUUUACUGCAGAUGGAAUACAGUCUCUAACAAACAACCUUUGUUACACAUACGCAAGGUGCACACGCUCAGUCUCUGUUGUUCCUCCUGCAUAUUAUGCUCAUUUAGCUGCAUUCCGUGCCCGGUUCUACAUGGAACCAGAGAUGCAAGAGAAUGGCUCAACAGUUGGAGGUGCUGGUCACACAAAAGGUACAAGGGCAGCUGGAGAAUCCGGGGUGCGGCCAUUGCCAGCCCUGAAGGAGAAUGUGAAGAGAGUUAUGUUCUACUGUUAGAAUGGAGAGAUGUUGAUGGUAAUCAAGUGAGGUGGGAGAUGCAGCAAUCAUGAAUAGGUUUCCAGUUCUUAAUUUUCCGUGUAUAGUUGUCAUAUUAACGCAUGAUUGCAAGGUCUUCCAAUUUAGGUAGUGAUAAAAUGUCCAAAACAUGGGGAGGCAUGACCACUAAUCUUGUCCCCUGGAGUUCCUGCCCUUCAUGGAUAGAAUGUCAAACUAGGCUAUGUAAAGAAAUGUUUAUUUAGAAUCAAUCUAAAUUUAGGAAAUUUUGGUCAAGACCUAUA